GGAAUCAACCAGUGCCAUGACGGAAUGAUGGAGCUAGUAUGUAGCGCUUACUUCCCUGAAUGUAUCCACAAUGGACCAACCAGAAGACCUUGUUUGUCAGAAUGUCUUGAUGUUACUAAUGCUUGUGAACCCCUCUAUGAAGAAAUGGUAGGACAACCAUGGCCGAUCAACUGUACUCACUUUACGGAUUCACAACCGGACAAUGAGGGCUCUUGCUUAGGAGGUCGAGGGGAUUAUUUUAAUACAACAGUAUGUGGCACUCGUCCAGCGUAUACCCAAGACCAGUCUCGAGUAGUGGGUGGAGCCAAUGCUAAGGAAGGGGAAUUCCCCUGGAUGGUCUAUCUCUAUGAUUAUGAUCGUGGCCAAGUCUGUGGUGGUACAUUGAUUGCUCCUGAAUGGAUUGUCACGGCUGCACAUUGCGUUGUGGACAUUCCUUACACGGUAGAUCACAUCAUAUUGGGGGACCUGCUUCUCUCCUCUCCAUCGAACCACCAUCUGAACCUUUCCCUUGCCGAAAUCAUCGUCUAUCCCGAAUACAAUACGGUAACAUACGAUGGCGAUGUUGCCCUCAUCAGAUUAUCUCAUCCAGUCAGCUUCACAGAUUACCUGAGACCUGCGUGUUUGGCGGAGUCAGCUGAAGAGGUUCAGGACUAUAAGAGGUGCACUGUUAGUGGAUGGGGUGACACCGAAUCAGACUUUAUUGCAGACGUCUUACAGAAAGCUGUUGUAGGGCUAAUACCUCAGGAGACAUGCGCAAGACUAUAUCCUAAUGAAACCACCGAUCUUAUGAUGUGUGCAGGAUAUGAACGUGGUGGAAUCGAUACAUGUCAGGGAGAUAGUGGAGGUCCAUUGGUUUGUGAAGGAGAAGAUGGCCGAUGGCAUCUCGUAGGAGUGACCUCCUGGGGUAACGGGUGUGCCGAUCCAGGAUAUCCUGGAAUAUAUGCCAGGGUCUCUCGCUUCAUUUCAUUCAUUACUGAGACUGUGAACCCACAUUCAUCAGAUGCGAUCAUUUUGGCGGUGGACGACGUAAAGCAAAUCUCUAGUCCAAAUUGGCCUUUGUACUAUGAAAGCAAUACUGAUCUGACAUGGCAUGUCAUUGCUCCUCCUGACCACAGUAUUGUGAUCACAUUCAUUAGUUUUGAUUUAGAGUCAACUUAUGACAACCUCGUCAUCCAUCAGGGGGUAGCAGGAAACUUCGACCAGAGUUAUCAAUCCCAUUUUUUGACAGGAAACCAGCUACCAGAUCCCAUCACGACAUUUACCUCUUAUGCAUGGUUGCAAUUCACCAGUGAUGGCAGCGUAAAUAGGGAAGGAUUCUUCCUCACUCUGUCCAUUAUAGAAAUGAGAGACUGCAGUGCUGACAUGUUCAAUUGUUCAAACGGACGAUGUAUCGAUUUAAAUUCAACCUGCGAUGGAUUUAACGAUUGCUUGGAUUUUUCCGAUGAAGAUUUUUGUUAUUCAUCAGAUGCGAUCAUUUUGGCGGUGGACGGCCUAAAGCAAAUCUUUAGUCCAAAUUGGCCUUCGGACUAUGAAAGCAAUACUGAUCUGAUAUGGCAUGUUAUUGCUCCUCCUGACCACAGUAUUGUGAUCACAUUCAUCAGUUUUGAUUUAGAGUCAACUUAUGACAACCUCGUCAUCUAUCAGGGGGUAACAGGGAACUUCGACCAGAGUUAUCAAUCCCAUGUAUUGACAGGAAACCAGCUACCAGAUCCCAUCACGACAUUUACCUCUUAUGCAUGGUUGCAAUUCACCAGCAAUGUCGAUGUGACCAGGGAGGGAUUCUUCCUCAUUCUAUCCGUUACAGAAUUGAGAGGGUGUUCUGAUGGCAUGUUCAACUGUUCAAGUGGUCUAUGCAUCUCCAUUAAUGCUACAUGUGACGGAUUCAAUGAUUGUUUUGAUUUUUCAGACGAGGAAUAUUGCCCUGCAUGUGAGGAAGUACCCCAUGUGUGCAGAGACCUUGUUCCAUACAGCUCAACUUAUUUCCCAAACCCAUUUGCUGAGACGAGAGAAGAUGCUUUAGAGAAAGCCUUAGAUCUUGAUGCACUCCUUAUCGAUUGCCAUGAGGACAUAAUGGAGCUAGUAUGCAGAUCGUAUUUUCCUGAAUGCAUCCAUCAUGGGCCGACCAGAAGACCCUGCUUAUCGCACUGUCUUGAGGUUUCUAAUGCUUGUGAACAGCUCUAUGAAGAAAUGAUAGGACAACCAUGGCCAAUCGACUGUACUCACUUCUCAGAUUCACAACCAGACAAUGAAGGUUCUUGCCUUGGAGGAGAAGGAGAUUUCCUUAAUACAACGAUCUGCGGUACCCGACCAGCAUACACUCAAGAUCAGUCGAGGGUCUUAGGCGGGUUCGAUGCUGAAGAAGGGGAAUUCCCAUGGACAGUAUACCUCAGCAACACGAAUGGAAGCCAGUUCUGUGCUGGUGCUCUUAUAGGCUCUGAAUGGGUUGCUACUUCUGCCCAUUGUGUCGAUGGGGAUUUAUUCUCUGUGGAUAGCAUCGUACUAGGUGAUCGGCUUCUCUCCUCCCAAUCCAGCCAUCAUCUAAGCAUUCGUCCUGCCGAGAUCAUCAGCCAUCCUAAAUAUAAUAAGUCGCCAUCAUUCUCAUUUGAUGGGGACUUUGCUCUAAUCAGACUAUCCCAGCCAGUGACCUUCACAGAUUACAUCAGUCCUGUUUGUCUGGCGGAGGCAUCGUCUGAAGAGAUGAAGGACUACAAGAGAUGUACUGUCAGUGGAUGGGGAAACUAUGUAUUAGGACUCAAUAUAGACGUUCUUCAGAAGGGCGUUGUGCAUCUGGUAUCAAAUGAGAGGUGUGCAGAACUGUAUACAAACAGGACAUCAGACUUGAUGAUAUGCGCUGAACUUGUACAAGGGGAUAAGUUUGCAUGCCGGGGGGAUGGUGGAGGUCCGUUGGUUUGUGAAGGAUCAGAUGGUCGAUGGCAUCUUGUAGGAGUGACCUCCUGGGGCGAGGGGUGUAUGUAUAUAGGAAAACCAGACAUCUACGCUAGAGUCUCACGAUUCGUGCCAUUUGUUGAAGAAGUCUUGGCAAGAAAUGACGUCGUAGUACCUACAUCUGAACCAGACUUCAUCCAGAUAAACCUCGGCAUUGGAGAACCAUACGAGAUAUCCUCACCAAACUAUCCCGAGUUGUACCCAAAUAAUCUACACCAAAUAUGGGAGAUUGUGCCACCCUUGGACUCGGCCAUACUCAUCCAUUUCAUUGAUUUUGAGUUAGAAGAUCGUUAUGACUUCUUAAAUAUAUACAAUGGAGAAACAUAUUCCAAUGAAACACUGAUUGCAAGGAUAACAGAUGUCAAUCGACCAAGAGAUUUGGCUGAGGUGACUUCCAAAAUGUGGAUACGGUUUCAGAGUGACUCCGCUGUCGGUCGACACGGGUUCCGACUCACGCUUACUGCCAUACGAGUUCCUUACAAUGGAUCGUGUGGACUAAGCUGCUGUACCAAUCAAUUAGAAAGCUGUAAUCGUGGUGACUGCUACUGUGAUGUGCAAUGCUCUUCAUUUGGUGAUUGCUGCUGGGAUUUCCAAGAAAACUGUCAUGUCCAGGCCACCCCAACUCCAUAUUUCUUUUAUAGUACAAUAAGUCCAGGAAUAGGGGACAGGAUUGACCUUGAGUUAGGAGAGACUGCGGUAAUAACAUCACCAAACUACCCUCAAGAUUACCCAAACAACGCAGACAUUUCGUGGAAUAUCCACGUUCCCUCCAGCCACAGGGUCUUGCUCCAAUUCAUUGCGUUUGAUACAGAGGCGAGAUACGACUUCCUGUACGUGUAUGCAGGUCGUGACCCUGAAACCAUUCUCACAGGGGAUGGGAAUUUCGACGACAUCGUGUCAUCGGGUUCUUUCAUGCAGCUGAGGUUUGAAAGUGAUGGUAGUUUUGCGCGAUCUGGGUUCAGACUUCAGCUAAGUGUGGUUGACGAAACGGAGCUGGCAAGUUGUAGCAAUGGGGAACUAAUAUCUAUUUCAUAUAUUUGUGAUGGCAUGCUGAAUUGUCCAGAUGGAGGGGACGAGUACAACUGCCCUCCCGUCAUACUAGCCGACGGAGAAAGCGCAACUUUUGCGAUGCCUUCCAACCCCCACUCCGUCCAAGAGUCAUCCCUUGAACGGUCAUUCCUAUCCAACGACUCAAGCCUUGCUUUGGUCGUCAUGGUGGAAUUCAUCCAUCUGUCGCCUGGCGAUGUCAUCGUAAUCAGUACCGUCGAUGCAGAUAUCGAUGACGAUUUUGUGUGGACCAUGGAAGGACCACUUUCACAGGAUUACAGUCAGGCUGCUGAUAAGGUUUUCACACACGGGCAUAUCGUUGUCCAGGCAACCACCGUAAAUGGAACCAGGGAUGUUGCGUUACAGGUCACAGCUGCUCAACUACAAGGCAUCACUAGCUGUGAAGGUAGUGACAGACUGAUUGUUCCGCUGAAGGUAUGCGAUGGUAUCGUUGACUGCCCUGACUUUACUGAUGAACAGGACUGUGGUCCUUUGGAAACUAUUUCGCUUAACCUCGGAGAGAAAGCUACUAUUCAAAGCCCUGGAUAUCCACGCUUUGUUACGACAUCUUUGCCUCUCCGAAUGGUAUGGACAAUACAAGUUGCGCUCCCUUGGCAGAUCGUAGUAGAUGUAUUGAGUUUGGUGACUGAAGCAUCACACAUGCUCAUGAUUGGCACCGGUCUAGAUGACAGUGAUGAGAGCAGUGUUCUGUUCAAGAUUUCCGGCAUCCCAUUUUAUGAUGAGCAUGGUGCCACCUUUGGUAAAAUAAGUCCUCCAGGAAACUCAAUGUGGAUCAGUAUAGAGAAGCCUUAUACAGAUUCCCCCUCAGAGCUAGUUCUGGCUGCACACGUCGAAGCAGUGACUGGGGAAUCAUUGCAAUGUCCACCAGGUGAACUAUACUGUGGGGGUAUUUUCCAUGGCUGUUACAAUGAGACAAGCAGCUGUGAUGGAUAUAAUAAUUGCUUUGAUGGGUCAGACGAAGAUUGUGCUUGCCCUGGUAUUCUGGAAGUAAGAUCUGGUCCUUCCAACACCUGCCUGCAUCGUAGGAGCUUCUGUAAUGACGUAGUGGAUAGUGGAGAUGAUGAAAGCGAUUGCACCUUUGUGUGUGAUAAUGGUCGCAUUGUCAGUGAACGAUUUGCAUGUGAUGGAUACAAUGACUGUGGAGAUUUUACAGAUGAACCUCCGGAAUGCGUAUGUGCUGCAAAUCAGUUUGAUUGUGGAGAAAGAUGCAUUUCUAUAAACGAUGUAUGUAAUGAAAAUGUUGACUGUGCAAAUGGUGCUGAUGAAGCAAACUGCAUAUGCAAGAGCUAUGAGUUCCAGUGUAAUGACGGCCAAUGCAAACCAUACUGGGAACGUUUAGACGGCAAAUAUGACUGUGAUGACGGAUCAGAUGAAAACCAAGAAAACUUCAGGGAAUGCCCUGGAAAUUAUUUUCAGUGCCGAGACUUCUCCUACUGCCUACCAGCGAACUCUGUGUGCACUGGCUACAGAGAAUGCAAGGAUGGCAGUGACGAGUGGAAUUGUAUAUGGUCUCAAAAUACCACAAUACCACCUUUUAUUGAACCGACCGAAUCACCAAUCCCAACGGGACAGUCUUCACCGCUCUCAUUUAUUCCAUUUGAGGAUUGUGGAUUGCGGCCAGCUCUUGAGAUCCAUCGGGUCACCCAUGGUGAGGAUGUGACUGGGCUUGGGGAAUGGCCUUGGCAGAUUGCACUCUACGCACCAACCGGUCAGUUUUCCUGUGGAGGAAGCAUUAUCACUCCAGAAUGGAUCCUCACUGCUGCUCACUGUGUAGAAGACCAAGCAGCCACUUACUAUAUCAAGGCUGGUAGCUUGACUUACCUCAGGUUUGAAGGAGGUGGACAACUCCGAGAUGUUAGGCAGGUCAUCAAACAUCCUCUGUAUGACCGGGGAACGCUGACAAAUGAUAUCGCUCUCCUCAAGCUCGUUACCCCUCUCAACUUUACUAAUGAGGUGCAGCCUGUAUGUCUUCCUUCAGCAGAUGAAUCUGUACCAAAGCCUGAAGAAUAUGUCACAUUCACAGGAUGGGGCAGCUUCACUGAAAGAUACAGUGCCUUGCCUGAUUUGCUCCAGGAGGGGCGAAUGCCUGUAGUACCAAACUACAUCUGCGAUUAUUACAUCUCUGUCCUUUCUGUUGAACCAACUAUGUUCUGCACCAUGUAUCAUAAAGGCCUACAGGGAGUAUGCACUGGUGACAGUGGUGGUCCUAUCGUACAGGAGAUCGGUGGCCGAUGGACACUUGUUGGGAUCUCGAGCUGGGUAGAGAUUUGUGGGGCACCUUAUAUCCCCAAUGGAUUCACCCGUGUGUCAAGCUUUAUUGACUUUGUACAAUCCAUGAUGACCCAAAACUGAAAUGCUACAUGUAUAUGUAAGGAACUUCAGAUUGGUAAUAUGUGAACAUGCCAAAGCAUACUUUUAAGAUUAGAUUAGAGCUACGUUUUUUGUAGGUGAGCAACCAUUUCUAAAAGUCUUUCAAAUCAAUUUUAAUUGUAACCAUAUCAUCGUAGCUCUAGAUUUUGUACUUAAAAAUUAACCUAACUAUGUGGUAUCUUAAAAUCUAAGCUUACAAAUAAAUGACCACACUAACAAUUACUAGAUGGGGCAGUGUACAGGAAUAACUGACACCUCAGUGGCUGAAAAGUCAUGCAUAUUUUAUCAAUUGCUCAGUAAUAACAUUUUUGCACGAGAUUCAUAGGUGACAUAUCAUUUACUUAUAAUUUACUUAUAAUGUAUGCGAACACUUGGAUGGUCAUAGGAUUCAGUUAGAACUCAUUUUGGCAUUAUUACUAUAACUGGCAUUUAUUUUUUAAUUUGUUAAUUGUAACAUUGGAUUUUCUUCCUUCAUCCAGUGAUUUACGCUUCUGCAUUUUAAUAAAUAUGUGCUUAUGAUAAGGAAAUAAAUAUCAAUUUCUAGAAUAGAAUUGUGAGUUCAAAUAUAUUGUUGGCAUAAGAUAUCAUAUUUCAAGUUUUAAUCUCAAGCUGCUGUAUAAAUGUGGGAUUGGUUUUAUCUUGAUCAAUGCAGGAAUUGAGAAAUAACUUAUGCUACAGUCACAAAUAACCUUACGAACACUGGAUGAACGAUGCUAUACAGUCUAUUGCUAUGUUUUAAAAUCGGGGAUCGUAAGGGUAUUUGUGACCGUAGCAUUACAUACGUCUUAAAAAUGUAAUUUAGACUCUUAUAAGUGAAAAUCUCAAAAAUAAUUUGCAAAGAUACUUUAGAUUGAAAAGUUUUGAAAUCAACCUAAUUCCUUCAAUCAGUAAUCGAGUCUUGACAUAUCAAUUUACAAGAAAAUUUGUUUUAGCCCUCAUGGUCCUGGGGCCAUUGUACCCCUACCCCCCAAAAAAAAUCCCAUAAAAGGUUCUUUUGAGCCAAACUAACAAGGUGUAUCAUUAUUCUGCUUUUAUUGAUCAAAUCAGUUUCAUAUUAUUCAUAAUUGGAAAAAUAUCUUUAAUUUGAAAUAUGAUAAUGUAUCAAACAAAAAGAUGACAAUCAAAAUGAGAAAUAUCAAAAACAAAUAUAAUACAUAUAUACAUUUUAAUACCAAUUUUUGUAUACAUUUUUAUUAGAACCCAAGAAAAAGUUCCUUAAAAUGGGAACUAGUGGGUAUUUUUUACUGUAAUUAUGGCAAACAACUCAUGUUUCGUUAAUUAAUAUAAUUGCUUCAUAGAAAUUAAAAUUUUGAAAAUGGAAUAAGUGAGAUUUAGAUAUGUAACCUUGUUGAUUUCAUAGUUUUCUAUGAUAAUGCAAAUUUUAGACACUAUAAAUGGAUGGGAUCUUGGGGUAUAAUGCCGUCGCCCCACUUCACUGGUCUGACAAGAGAAAAAAACCUCCUGGGACUAUAGGGGUUAUACGUGUUUUUGUUAAAGUCUCUUUGUAUUCAUUUUUAUUAUGUCAUUUUCCACGUUUGAGUUAAAUCUGAUGUGUCUCUUCACUCAAAUUUCAUGUACUUUCUCUAAUUAUCUCCCUCGCUUUUUUCUCCCUCUCUCUUUCUGUUUCUCCAACAUUAAUAUAUUUUAUUCUCAAUUUCUUAAUCCUAUACACACAUUUCAUUCUCCUUGUAUUGAAUAAAAUUAUGAUCAAAACAUUAAAGUCACUUGUCAUUUGUCAA